AUGGCCACCAUCGAUCGUACCGUUGUGUUCGGUGUUGUUGUGGUGCUGUGCGUGACGCUAAGUCUGGCCUGGGGAGCGAGCGAAACGAGCGAAGCGUUAAACGAUGGUGAUUUGACAGAGGGCCGCACCUUUGGACAUCACUUUCUGAAGCGCAUCAGCUUCGCCAUGAUACCGGCCGCGUUCGUUGUCGGCGUCAUCACGACCCUCCUGUCCGCGCUGACCGUUGUGUCGAUGAAGGGCCUUGGAGUGGGUGUCAUCCUUUUGGUGCUUACUAUCUCGCAAGUAAUUGCCAGAAGCUUCCCGGCACCGCUACCUCCACCGCUGCCCGUUGCUUACAGUGCACCCGCUCCGGCCCCCAUUCCCCUCGUUUACAAGGAAUGGUAA